AUGUCUCUGCCCGUCAGGAAUCUAAAGUGUCUGUCGCCCGUCAUGUGUCAGUGUAAGGUCAUUUGCAGCAACCGAACCCUCUCCCUCAUGUUCGGGUGCAAGAAAUACCGGUACCAGGAUGAGGAGACGCCCCCCUUGGAGCACAGUCCAUCCCACCUGGCUCCAGGGAAAAGUGCUGAGAUGCUUCAUAUGAGUGACAAGAAUCUUGCUGCCAUGGAGGCCCUGCAUGGCUAUACACCACACACACACAUUUCUCCCGUCAAGGGAAAUUCUCCCCCAGUGGUGGUGAACACUGACACACUGGAUGGCUCGCCAUAUGUGAAUGGCACAGAGGGGGAAAUCGAGUAUGAGGAGAUCACAUUGGAGAGAGGUAACUCAGGGCUAGGCUUUAGCAUAGCAGGGGGAACAGACAAUCCCCAUGUGGGUGAUGACCCCAGCAUCUUCAUCACCAAGAUCAUACCAGGAGGAGCUGCUGCUCAAGAUGGGCGGCUAAGUGUGAACGACUGCAUCCUGUUUGUGAAUGAUGUGGAUGUAAGGGAGGUGACACACAGCCAAGCAGUGGAGGCUCUGAAGGAGGCAGGUGCUAUCGUCCGCCUCUACGUUCUUCGCAGGAAGCCAGCUGCAGAGAAAGUCACUGAGAUAAAACUCAUCAAAGGGCCCAAAGGUUUAGGUUUCAGCAUCGCUGGAGGGGUGGGGAACCAGCAUAUACCAGGAGAUAAUAGUAUCUAUGUCACCAAGAUCAUUGAGGGCGGGGCUGCUCACAAAGAUGGGCGUCUGCAGAUCGGGGAUAAAAUACUAGCGGUGAACAAUGUGUGUCUGGAAGAUGUGAUGCAUGAGGACGCAGUUGGGGCUCUGAAGAACACAGCCGAGGUGGUCUACCUCAGGGUGGCCAAGCCCAACAACCUGUAUCUGACCAACUCCUACAACCCUCCGGACCUCACCAGCACAUAUUCGCAUAUGGACACAGACCUCAGUCAUCCCAACUACCUUGGGUCAGAUUACCCACAAGCUCUUACUCCCACCUCGCCUAGCCGGUUCUCUCCUGUUUUGCACGGCAUGAUGGCAGAUGAAGACCUGCCCAGGGAACCUCGAAGAGUGCUAAUCCAUCGAGGCUCCACCGGGCUGGGUUUCAACAUUGUGGGAGGAGAAGAUGGUGAGGGCAUCUUUAUCUCCUUCAUUCUAGCAGGGGGUCCUGCUGACCUCAGUGGAGAGCUGCAUAAAGGCGAUCAGAUCCUUAGCGUGAAUGGCGUUGACCUGCGCAUGGCCACACACGAACAGGCAGCUGCAGCAUUGAAGAAUGCUGGCCAGACAGUGACCAUCAUUGCUCAGUACAGGCCAGAUGAAUAUAGCCGUUUUGAGGCUAAGAUCCAUGAUUUGAGGGAGCAGCUGAUGAACAGCAGUAUGGGGUCUGGGACCACAACUCUAAGGAGCAACCCAAAGAGAGGCUUCUAUAUUAGGGCUCUUUUUGACUAUGACAAGACUGCAGACUGUGGCUUCCUUAGUCAGGCACUGGGCUUCAGGUUCGGGGAUGUGCUGCACGUGUUGGAUUGUGGGGAUGAGGAGUGGUGGCAGGCCCGCAGGGUUAGCCCUCAGAAUGAAGCUGAGGAGGUUGGCUUCAUCCCCAGCAAGCACAGGGUAGAAAGGAAAGAGUGGUCUCGUGUUAACGCCAAAGAGAGGGUAAGCAACACAGGCAGCCAAAUGCGGGACAAUGCCUCUCACAGUUAUGAAACAGUCACACAAGUGGAAGUUCAUUAUGCGAGGCCCAUCAUAAUACUGGGACCCGUAAAGGACAGGAUAAAUGAUGACCUGCUGUCAGAGUUCCCCGAUAAGUUUGGCUCUUGUGUCCCGCACACCACUCGGCCCAAGAGGGAGUAUGAAGUGGAUGGGCGGGAUUAUCACUUUGUGUCAUCACGGGAACAGAUGGAGAAGGACAUCCAGAGCCACCGCUUCAUCGAGGCGGGCCAGUACAACAGCCACCUUUAUGGCACCAGUGUCCAGAGUGUCCGUGAGGUGGCUGAGCAGGGGAAACACUGCAUCCUGGAUGUGUCGGCCAAUGCUGUGCGUAGAUUACAAGCUGCUCAGCUCCACCCUAUCGCCAUCUUUGUCCGGCCCAAGUCACUGGAGAAUGUCCUAGAGAUCAACACUCGCCUGACUGAGGAGCAGGCCAGGAAAGGCAUGGACCGAGCCCUUAAACUAGAACAAGACUUCCUAGAGUGUUUCUCAGCUGUCGUGGAAGGGGACAGCUUUGAAGAGGUUUACCACAAAGUAAAGACAGUGAUCGAGGAGCAAUCAGGGCCUUACAUCUGGAUUCCCACUCGAGAGAGGCUGUGA